AGACGAGAGAAUCCUUUCCAUCGUUUAAAGAUCAGUUGUCUGUCAAGCCUCGAUCAGGUUGUGGGUGAUAUUCAAAUAGGAUCGACCGAUUGGACAUUUCCAGGACCUAGGUCUUUCAGAGGGUGAACAUAAUUGUUUUAGCUUUUUGUGAACGAUCCUACUGGCAUCUAGAACCAGAGUGCAUAAGGACACCGACAAGUGCUUGGUCCUCAGUGUAGAAGCGCCCAAAGAAACUGCCCCUUAUUGUAAAUAGGGCUACCACUCUCAAUCGAGCAAAUCGAGCAACGAUGGCGAUGUCCGUUUCUUCCCCAUGGUUUCACACCCGAUGGAAGUUGGUCUCGCUGAGCCUGUCGUUACUUUUCAUCACAGGUGCAACUGCAAUAGACGAAUUGUCAGGAAAUUCACUCUCCUUUGCUCAAGAAGAAAACCAGUUUAUUUCUAUGGCGAAGAAAGUCGGCCUUCGGUUUGUUGAUGGCAAGGAUAGGGAGGGCGCUGAAGAUCUAGGGAACGAUGAAGAGUUUCUUUUGGAUCUCUUCGAGUCCAAGAACUUGCAUAAAAUGGCGCAAAUCGUGGGUCAAAUGAACCACGUGUUCACGCAUCAACCAAAUGGUGACUUGACGGAACAAUCAACCGAAGAACCGGAGAUGUCAACUCAUAAACUGCCAAUGAAAAGUCACACUCACAAGGAUGAUUCGCCAACCGAACUGGUCAUGGUGAACAAUGUGGCUGAGCCAAUUUAUUGGGAGAGCCCCGACAUCCUUACCGAAGAGGCAACCACGUCUAUUCCCGAAUAUCUAACAGAAACAUUGUACUACUUUGAGAAGGAUCAAACGAAUCUGUCUCGACCAUUUGCCAGGACCCCGAGAACUCCCAAAAGUUUAGAACCGGACAACAACUCAAGCCAUAAGUCGAGGAAAAUUCUCCAAGUUUUUGAAGACCCUCAAGACGAACAGGACCAUAUGAUGAUGAUGUUGCACAACGCCGUGGCCAUGGUGGAGUUAGAGGACGUGCUCCAAAACCUUAGACCUAUUCCAUUCAAUGAUCAUGGUAAUCGUGUAGUGCUGAAGACCCAGCAAACGAGAAGGCCACCGAUUCAAACUCCAGCUCCUGAUGUUGCCACCAGAAAGGUAAUAAAGAAACCCCGGAAGCAGCCAGGGCGACUGCGAUCUAAAUUAAGAAGGCCUCGCCCAACUCAAAUUCCCACACAAAAUCCAACGUUCGUCCUUCCGGGCAGUUCACAACCGCUUACGACUCUGGCUCCAAGAUCUCAGAAUGACCUGACGUCCCGUUUCACUCCACGACCAGCUCCCAGAUUUAAUACGGAGCAGCCGAACACCUUGCAACGGAAAAACGUCUCUCCUAAGAAGGUAUUCCCGGUGCAAGACUUUUUCCCUGAAUCGCGACAAUCACAAGCCAAUGCAGCUUUCACGCCGCAAAUCUCUUCCCUUCCACCUUCUCUCAGUCCGACGCCAGCCACCCCAACAACCCCUCGACCGCGGCAACAGAACAGGUUUGCUGUCACUCAACCUACUACGUCGGAAAUCAACACCCUUGCCGCUCGCAACAGUAGGCCGAUCCAACAACCCAAAUUUGUCCAAGUUCAACGCCCGGUGCAGCAAACGCCCCAACCAAUUCGUGGACCAGGAGCAUCGCCACCACCCAGCAGGAUACAGGCUAGGCUUCCAGAACCAUCCCUUGACAGUAACCGCUUAUCCUCUCAGGCUGAAUCUGCAGCCUCUUCUCGGCAGGGCAAACAAUUUAGCAACGAAGUCCAAAAUGGUCCCAGUCUGACAGAAAUCCCGAAAACGAGUUUUUCAUGCCGCAAUCAAGCCUUUCCCGGACUUUACGCAGAUCCCGAAGCGGAUUGUCAAGUGUUCUACAUGUGCCACGGCAACGGCCGUCAAAACGGUUUCCUAUGUCCAGCUGGAACCUUGUUUGAUCAACGAUUCCUGGUGUGCAAUUGGUGGCACAAAGUGGAUUGCUCCCGGGCUACUUCGCUCUACAGUAUCAAUGAAGGCAUUUAUCAAUAAGCACAAUGGAUAACAAGACAACGGAACCAGAAUUCAUGUCCGUCUAUUAUUUAUAACAUAUAUAUUUAUGAUGCCCCACUCAAUGCAGUUCAUUGCAAAUUUGCCAUCCCCUGUCCCACGUUUGAAAUACAAGUGAUCAAAACGAG